AUGGACCAGUCGGCAGCGGAGCAGCAGCAGCAGGACAAGCUGACAAGGUGAGUGUAUGCGCGGCUAUGGCUUCGUGAAAGGAAGCUGCUGCACACUGUACGCGCGCCGGCUGAUAGCAUACGCGGCCGGCCCUCGCAUGGACUUGCACACCCUAGACACGAGAGCAAAGCCAAGCAAGAUGCGCUUGACUCGCACUUGGCCAAGCUGGGCGGUGGCAGGAGCGUGCCAGACGACUCUGGCAGGAAAAAGACGCGAGCAGAAAAGAGGCAGGCAAAAGUUGUGAGUGAGGGAGGGAGCGUGGGCGACGCGACGUUGCGUCAAGAUGCGUGAGCUGCCAGGCAGACGCUUUUGCACCUUCCUUGCGCUUCUUUUUGUGCAUUCAUCGUCGCAUCAACACCCCUUCGCACCGGACUGAAUUUUUGUGUGGCUCACCAAUGCCCCCCCUCAUUCUCAGAAACGAGCCCAAACGGCCGGUCCCGGCUGGUACGGCAUGCCGGCAUUUCCGGGCGCGGACUCCAAGUCGGGCAGCGUGGGAGCGAGCACUUUGGCAGCUAGCAGGUACGCCACCAAUCCUAGGGGACGCACGGCGGAAGAGAUGCGAAGAGAGGUGCAGGCUAUCCGAUUGAGGAAUGCUUUGGAUCCAAAGAGGUUCUACAAGGGUGGAGGCAAGGUGGAGAAGGGCAUGCCAAAGUAUGCGCAGGUGAGUCUUUGCGGGCAGCGCGGGUUGCGUAGAAGCGGGCAUCUGUAAGCGCAAAAGCGAAGCGUGAAAAGAGGCGUGCGUUCAAGAAAUUCUGACUCGAAGGGGGGGGCCCCCUUCCUGUGAUGCUGCAGUUGGGCAGGAUCGUGGGCUCCGAGAUCGAACCUGGGUCCAUCUUGCCAAAGUACAGUGCGGGCACCUCGGCACUGGAAGAGGUCGUGAAAGAUUCAGAAGCUGCGGCUUAUGCCAAGCGCAAGUUCAACGAGGUGAGUAGUGAGCUGUGCUGUGCUGUGCGGCUUGGCAGUGGGUGAGGAAGACAUUUGAGCUUACUUUGGCGCUGCCGCUACCGCACCAACCCUGUGCACAUCAGCAACAAGAGAGGAACGCUUCGGGAGGCAGGGGAUACUUUAAAGCGAAGAGCAAGAAACCUAGACAUAGACGAUGA